AGAUUGCUGUACGUGUCAUUAACACCUGUCGUCGCCUGGGAAUCAAAACUGUCGCAGUUCACAGCGAUGUUGACUCUUACAAUAAUUUUGUCUUAAUGGCUGACGAAGCCAUCUGUAUUGGCCCAGCUCCAACAUCUAAGAGCUAUCUCAAUAUGGACGCCAUCCUGGAUGCUGUCAAACAAACUGGGGCACAGGCGGUUCACCCUGGGUAUGGCUUCUUGUCCGAGAACACAAACUUUGCUGCAAAACUGCAUGAGAACGGUGUUACAUUCAUUGGUCCCAACAGUGAAGCCAUCCACGCCAUGGGGGAUAAGAUAGAAAGCAAGAGGAUCGCCACCAAGGCCAAAGUGAACAUGAUUCCUGGACAUGACGGUGUGGUGGAAAGUGUGGAUGAAUGCGUGAAACUAGCCAAUGAGAUAGGAUAUCCUGUAAUGAUCAAGGCCUCGGCUGGCGGUGGUGGUAAAGGAAUGAGGAUUGCAUACAAUGACAAAGAGGCACGCUAUGCCUACCGUUUUUGUAAAGAUGAGGCUGCGUCCAGCUUUGGUGACGACCGCUUGCUCAUUGAGAAGUUUAUUGAGGAGCCAAGGCAUAUUGAGAUGCAGGUGUUGUGUGAUAAACAUGGCAAUGCUCUGUGGCUGAAUGAGAGAGAAUGCUCUAUACAGAGGAGGAACCAGAAAGUCAUUGAAGAAGCACCAAGCACAUUUGUGGACCCAGACAUGAGAAGAGCUAUGGGGGAGCAGGCCACCUCUCUGGCCAGGGCAGUGGGGUACGAUAGCGCAGGAACUGUGGAGUUUCUGGUGGACAACAAGAAGAAUUUUUAUUUCCUGGAAAUGAACACAAGACUCCAGGUGGAGCACCCAAUUACAGAGUGUAUCACUGGCAUUGAUCUUGUUCAUCAAAUGUUGAGGUCGGCCAAAGGUCAUCCACUAGUCCACAAACAACAUGACAUUGGAAUAGAUGGGUGGUCCUUAGAAUGCCGAGUUUAUGCUGAGGAUCCUUACAAGAGUUUUGGACUGCCGUCAGUGGGGCGCCUCUUUACAUACAUAGAACCUUCACAUAUUCCAAAUGUGCGUUGUGACAGUGGCAUCCGUGAGGGAAGUGAAAUCAGUGUGUAUUAUGAUGCCUUAAUCUGUAAGCUUGUGUCCUAUGGUGCCACCAGACAAGAAGCUCUGGACACUAUGGCUAAAGCUCUUGACCAUUAUGCUAUUAGAGGAGUGACACACAACAUCCCCCUACUGAGGGACAUAAUGACAGAGGACAGGUUUGUGAGAGGAGACAUCACCACCAGUUAUCUACAGGAAGUUUAUCCUGAUGGAUUUAAAGGUAAAAAGCUGACCAGUAAGCAGCAGAACCACCUGAUAGCGGUGGCCUGUGCAGUCCAUGUCAAAGAAGCUCUACGACAAAGAUCCUUCACAAACCAGACUAGAUUUCCAGUAUCAAAUAAUGUCCCAUCACAAUGGAAACUAGCGAUAAGGAUAGCGGACGAUAUCCAUCAUGCUUGUGUCACGUGUAGUCAGGGUGCUUUCUGUGUUACUAUUGGGGAGGAGACUUUUGAUGUGGCAGAUAAUUUCACUCUUGGUUUUAAUGUCAUAGAAGCUCAAAUCAAUGGAGACAUUGAGACAAUGAUGCUCCUAACAAAGAUUCCCAUAAAAGAGGCCAGAGGCGUUGUGAAACUAAGGUAUCUCGGAACAGUGUUCAGCCUGCAUGUGAUGCCCCAGGAGUACAGUGACAUGUAUCAGUAUAUGAUCACCAAGCAGGAAGCAGACCUGAGCAGCAUGGUGAUGGCCCCUAUGCCAGGACUGGUCAAGUCAGUGGCUGUGGAAGUGGGGCAGAAUGUAUCUGAGGGACAGGAAAUGUGUGUACUGGAGGCCAUGAAGAUGCAGAACAGUCUGCCUGCAGCAAGAGACGGAAAGGUGAAAGCAGUAAACUUCAAAGCCGGAGACACUGUGGAUGAAGAGGCAGUCAUUGUGGAACUGGAGUAAAACCCUCACCAGGGGGCAGCAUUAGAGAAGAUGGCAGAUGCUGCCAAGGUUCCUUGUAGACACUUAUGCUUCAGUAAUCAUAGGACUGCAGUCAAUCAGCACUUACAGAAGGCAGAUCAUGGGAAAUAAUUGAGAUAAUGUGUGGGUUUGACCAUCAAUUCACAGGAACUUGCUGAAAUUUUGUUUGAAUUAAAUGUAUGGGUUGAACCACUCUUGAACAGGGACUUUGAUUAAUGAGGUAGAUGAUGUAGUAAUAUUGGGUUGAAUAAUACUCGAGCAGGAAGUUGUAUUGGAUGUAAAAUAUACAGGAGGGUUAAUUGCUGACCAGGUUUAUACAAAGAUAUAACAGUUGCCGCUCUCAAGGUGCUUGUUUUGAAUGGUUUUUGUUAUGAUUGUAAAAGAUUUGAUGGACUUUUCAUUGAUGUCAACAAUUAGUGCUCUUAAACAGGAUGGCUCCAUUACUUUAUUGACAGACUUUGCUGAAUACAUGUGUAUUAAUUUGUAAAUGUUUAUUAUUGCUUCACAAUUGUAACAUGCAAAAAAUCCUAUUUACUUGUAUUUAGCUUUAAGUGAACUGGUCAUGUUAAUUCAAGUAUUAUGUAUGGUAUGUCUAUAUGGCUAUAAGGCUUUGUAGAGUUGUGCUUUUGUUCAUGACUGUUGACUAUCUUACGAUAGAUACAGCUUUCAUUUUGAAGUCGUGAGAAUUUAAAUUUUAGAUUGUUCAGUAAAAAUGACAACCAGGAAGUCAUUCUUGUUUUGAUCAUAUCAAAAACAACAGAACAUGAAGGAUAAAAGUAUCUUCAAUCAUCAAUAAAAUUGAAUUCCUUUUUGCGAUGUUGAUACAUUUUUUUUAAAGUUAACACUCAUAGGAGAAAACUAAAUACAAAAUUAUUAGCUGAAAUUUUUAUAUGAAAGUUUUGAAGUGAAUGCAAUUAAUUGCAAAAAAUGUUAUUUAUAUUUGUUAUUUUUAUGUUUUUAAAAAAAUUUUGUUGAAAUUUGUUACAGAUUAUUAUUGACUGUACGGGCUAAAAGUAAAAUAUUAAAAUUGGCUAGAUGAAGCAUUUGUUUUUAGCAAGAAAAGAGUAACCCUCUAUAGCAUUCAUAUCUACUGCACAAAUUGUUAUUUUGCUAAAUUUAUGUUAUUUUGCUUAAUUGAAUUAUGCUAUAUUUUGCCACUCAUGUCAGUUUCUACUGGUAUGUAUUUAUAAAUCUGAUAAUCAUUAAUAUUUCAUUGCUAUAGGCAUUUCAUAUUGCGUCAUGUUAUUGUAAUGUCAUUGUUAAAACAUACCCCAUUUUGGAAGUGGAAUUGUUAAAGUUGCAAAAAAAUCGAAAUUGUUAAGUGAGAUAUAUAAUUAUUUUGAUAUUGCUAUUUAACGUAUUUCUUGACAAACCAAGAAAUAUGAUAUGAAUUUAAAGUUAUUUUUUAAUGAAAGUAAGAAAGUUGCCAUCUUAUACCUGGGUUUUCUCAAAGAGAGCAGAUAGUUUUUGAAAAGGCUGACCCCAAAAAUUACACUUAUUUCCCCUAGGUUAGUUAAAAUAAUAUCUAGAAUAUGACCAAAUUAGAAAUUAUGGCUAGUGUCAAGCUUAUGUUCUUUCCUCCCCCCCUUUCCUGGGUCCCUACCCCUAACGUGAUUUUGGUGAUGCAGUUAUCUUUAACUAAACUUUAGUCAUGAAUGAAGCAAUACAUGUAUUUAUCAAUUUUGUUACUAAUAUACUGAACAAAAUUCAAGGGGAUUUUUUUUUUUUUUUGAUAAAUGUGCACAAUGUUUCUUUAAAAUUGUUUAUGGUUAUUUUUUGAAAGGUGUUGAAUAUUAGUUAUUGAUAAUGCGCAUCUCACUGCAAGUUUAUCAGUGUAUGUCGAGAAAAGUGAUUAAUUUUAUUAUUAUGAUAGUUUAUGUAAUUCAAUUUUUGUCAUCAUUAUUAUUAUUUUUAUUUUGUUCAGUAUAUUUUUCUCUAAAAUCUGUGAGUAAGAGCUAGAGGCAAUAGUGUUUAAAUCUUGUAGUUCUAUGUUUAGAUGUGUAAUGCAGUGUGUUUCUCUGAGGUUUGAUAUUCUUUAGGUCUAGCUUUCAUUACAGUCAUAAUUACACAAACUUUAUAACCAUUAUUUGCUGUACAUAGCAUUAAAUGGAAAUAUACUGCAAUUUUAGCGUGAAAAAUUGGACUCAGAACAAUGAAAAUUCUGACAUAGUUUCAAGGGUAUUGUAUAAAGAGAUUGUCUAGUGUAACAGGCACUGGAAACAAGAAGAAAUGUUUCAGAGAAAAGUCCAUGUACUUUCCUUUUGCUCGAAAGUUUUUUAUUGUUUUGAUGGUGGUGAUAUAUAUAUAGAGAGAGAGAUAGCACAAAUAUAGAGUGAAUGUAAGCCAAAUGCUUUCAUGUCUGAUUUAUACAGCAAUAUACUGAA